AUGAUGGACGUGUUAGUUACAUGGAAAGAUGGCACUCAAAAUGUUGUACACACACGGGAAUUAUUUCCAAUCAGAAAAGGUCAGAAGAUAACACUUGGUACAAAGGUGAAAAUGUUGUAUGAACGAAAAUGGUGGUAUGGUACAGUAACUGUUGUCGAAGCAAAAGAAUACUCUUCGUCUGAAGACGAACCACUUUCAACUUAUGUUCCUGCAAACCGUGUGCAAAAUUGCUGCGAGUACAUUAACUGUCAUAAUCCUAUUUUGACUACUUGUACGGAAUGUGCUUGUUUCUUGUGCGCUGAACAUUACCAAGAAGACGCUUCCUGCUCUAAUCAUAUUUUAGUUAGCAAUAACAUAUCCACAUCAAAAAAUCAGGAUACCAGCUAUGAAUUAUCAUUAACCAAUUCAGAAAAAAAAAUUUAUGAUACAGUAUGCACUGAUGAAAAUUAUAUAGAUAUACAGAAUGAAUACCAAAAAUGCUCCUCGCUUGCUGAUUUCGAUAUUACCGAAAUUGAGAAUGUUUCAAACGAUUCUGAUGCAACUAUGGUCUUAUCUGACACUCGCGACUCACCCAGUAUUUUAAUGCAGAAUACAGUUUUGGAACCACAACAAGACAGUUAUUUGGCCCCAGAAGACUUUAUAGUAGAUGGCGUUUCCCGAGAGGAAGAAAGAUCGAAACCUGUUAGAAAAAAUAAAUACAAAGAAGCCAAGGUUUUGCGACACGCAGGACAAGAAUAUAUUUCGCCAUAUACAAAAAAAGUAGUUCCUGGAAGGAAGGUUGGUUCAUUAUGCAAUAAUUUAGAAAAUUGCACAAAGCAAGGCCUGUACUGUUAUCGUUUUAAUGAACAAAUACGCGAAAAUAUAUUUAUGGAUUUCUAUUCAUUAGCAGAUCUAACUUUGCAAAGAGAAUAUAUAGUGAGAUUUGUUGAAAAAAAGCCCGUAGGGCGCAAAACUACUGCCACAGAAUCUCGUCGGAAGUUUACCAACUGCUUUUACUUACCAUUAAAUGAUGAGAAGCAGAAGGUAUGCAAGAAAAUGUUCCUCAAUACUUUGGGAAUUUCAGAAAAGACGUUUCGCACAGCUUUGCAAAAAUUAAAGAACACCGGUGUAGUAGAAAAAGACAGAAGAGGAGGAAGGCAAGAGGUCUAUCAUGAAAGGGAUACUCAGCUGCGAUCACUCAUUACUGAACAUAUUAACAGAUUUCCGCGUGUUGAGUCUCAUUAUUGUAGAAAAAGUAGUACAAAAGAAUAUCUCCACCAUGAUUUAUCUUUGAAAAAAAUAUAUGGUAUGUUUUUAAAGGAGUAUAACCAACCCGUAAGUAUGACACUUUAUAGAAAUGUAUUCAAAGGCAUGAAUUUAUCGUUCCAUAAACCAAAAAAAGACCAAUGCAGUUUAUGCAUGACAUACAGAGAAGGUACAAGCGAGGUGAAAGAGAAGCUGCAGAAUAAAUAUGAUGCACAUAUUAUAGAAAAAGAAGAAGUACGACGAAUUAAAAACGAAUGCAAGAAUCGAGCAAUACAAAAUAUAACCACUUGUUGUGCUUCGUUCGAUUUACAGCAAGUCAUCUAUUUGCCACAAUCCAAUGAAAGUGCUCUUUUUUAUAAAAGACGUUUGGCUAAUUAUAAUUUCACAAUUUAUGAUUUAGCCUCCAAAGACUGUAUAUGCAACUUAUGGAAUGAGACAAUCAGUAGAAGAGGUGCCUCUGAAAUUUCUACUUGUGUUUAUUAUUUCUUAACAAAUUGUGAUAGAAAGAUUGUGAAAGAAGUAUUCUUAUUUUGCGAUGGCUGCUCAGGCCAGAAUAAAAAUUCCGUGAUGGCGGCUAUGCUCUUAUACUUAAUAAAUAAUUGUGAAUCUAUUGAAGAAAUUAGUUUACGAUACUUCUGUUCGUUCCAUGGGCAAAGCGAGGGCGAUUCUGUCCAUAGCGCGAUAGCAUUUGCAAUGGCAAAGGCUGGGAACGUCUUUGUUCCAUGCCAAUUGGAGCCGAUCAUACGAUUGGCACGCAAAAAUCCAUACGAAGUCAAGGUACUCAAUUACAAUGAUUUUAAGGAUUUUAAAAAUCUUGCCUUAAAGUUAAGGUUACUUAAAUUAAAAAACGAUAACCAGACAGCCGCCCUCUUUAAAUGGACAGAUGUUAUGGAGUUAAAAGUCUCACGAAAGUCUCAAAGUAGUCUAUUUUUUAAAACGAGUCACAAGGAUAAAGAAUACAGAUCGAUAUCAAUAAAAAGACAAGAUGUUAAAUGGCUGAAGGAAGAGGUGGGACAUUUAAAUAAAUCUCAUUAUGAGAUAUCUAAAGAAAAAUAUAACGAUUUAAUUUCUAUGUGCAGGGGAGAGACCCCUUUGAUAAGAUGCCGGGAAUAUCAAACUUAUUAUGAAAUCCUACCACAUCAAUAA